CGCACAACAGCUUGGCCUACUGUUUACGGUCACCAAGACAACAGCAUGUGGGAGGGGCUGAAACCUGCAACUGCUGCCUGUGGCUUACAGGAUCAAACACUCAAAUAUACUAAAUUUAAGGCUACAUUGAUAUACCCUGAGGACAGAAAUCCACCAGCGAGACAAAGUUGCAUUCAUGACCACCUCUAAAGCCUGUCAGCUUCAUGAAUCCAUUCAGAUGUUUUGUUGAAAAGGGGGAUGAAGGGAAUGAACCACUAUUAAAGAUGGCUAAUCAAGAUGUCCCUAGAAGAUUAUGCAAAGAAGCUCAGCAGCACCUUGGAAAAGAUGAGCCAUCAUUAGCGGCAGCGUUUUUUAUGGCUGCUUUUAGCUGCAGUGCACCCAACGCAAUUCAAAGGGUGAAGUCACUUGAGAAAGAUCAGUAUCAAGAGGUAAUUACCACCCUGGAGCAAUGGUGCUUGGGUGAGUAUGAGAUACCUAAAAUAAAUUGUGACGGCAUGGCCAUCGUGUCACUCAACCCCGGAAUUGCAGCGGUGUUCCUUUCUACUCUGUGCCCCAGUAAUGUUGCUGCUUCUCUCUUCAAACUGAGUACCUUCCUUAAAAGUGGACGUUAUGAUGAGGUAGUGAGUAAGUCUAGCUUCUUGUUAAAUACUCAGCCUCACUACACAACUGAACUCUUGUUGACCAGAGGACUGGCAAGAAUCUUGUCUCAGAUCAACUGUAGGAGUGGUAUUUUAGAUUACAUGCAAGCAUUUGCAAAUAACAAGGAGAAAACAAGACAAUUUAUUGGUACCAAGCAAAGAGAAUACCUUGGUCAAGUUAUUGAUGCGUUUCACAACUACAUGUCUACAUAUGAAAAUGAUUAUGAUGAAGAUUACUCAGAUGUCAUGCUCCAUGACUGCUACAGCCUUCUGGCUACAUUGACGCCUGAUGACCUUCAAGUGUGCAAGACACAAGCAGCAUAUUUGUUUGAGAAAUGCAAAUUUGAAGAAUGUAUAGCUGUGUAUUCUAGAGCCAUUGAGGCUUUGUCAUUGGAAACAAAGAUCAAAGAGGAAAAAAUUUCCUAUCUUCUAGUAGAUCGGGCAGCAGCAUACUACUCUUUGGGUUGCCGAACUAAAGAAAUGAUACAGGACUUAGCAGAAGCCUUCAAGAUCAGCCCCUCUCAUGCCAAAAAGAGGUUUGCAGAAAUAUUUUCUGACGCUGACAUUAAAAGAGUGGUUGACCGCUCUAAGGCCUACCUAGAAAUGGAGUUUGGGAAUUUCAGAGAAGCAGUACGUGCUCGGCUUGAGCUGAGAUCUGAUACAGGUACAGAGCUCCUUCUCCCAAUCAUACAAACGCUUGAAUUUUUAAACCAGUGUUCCACAGAGAGCCGGCGUGAGAUGGAUGUCCGGCUUGCAGACUGCAAACUUCUUGCUGGAGAUUUUCGGACCUGCUUGGACAUUUGUAACAAUCUACUUAGUUCUGAGAAAAAGACUUACCAGAACACAUUGUUUGUCCUUCGAGGCUUUUGCCACUUUCACAGUAACGAACAUCAGCAAGCACUUAAAGACUUUCAACAAAUCAUAGAAGAUGAAUCCCCCCACCCAAACAGCUGUGUGAAGGCUCUUUGUGGAAGAGGAUUGGUCCGAAUGAUAAGUGGUAGCGCAUACCUGACUGCACUGGAUUACAUUACUGCCUGUAAACUAAAACUGGAUGAGACUUUACUUGCACUUAAGACUUAUGUACCUUGGAACCAAAGAGGCCUUUUGUUCAAGAUUCUACAAGAAGAGGGACAAAAGAUGCUACACAAGAAGCCACAGAGUACAAAUGAAAAUGGGAUAUUACCAAGGAAAAAAUCUUUUGAUCAGGACAGCUCUUCAUCUAAAGAAGGUGAUGUUGCUGGGGUUCAUCAGUUGGCCACGCUUCUCAUGUUGCUUGAUCCCUCUGAUGAUGUCUCUCGGAUCCUGUGCACAGAUGCUUUGUACCAGAUGGACCGAAUUGAGGAAGCACACAAGAUGCUAUCACUUGCCCUCAGUAGCAGUUCCCAGAGAUCUCCCAUCCUUGCCAGGCUUGCACUCCUACAAUUCAAGAAAGGCUUUAUUUAUGAUGGCAAUCAGCUAAUAAAGAAAGUCAUACAGAUAGGAGACACAUCUUGCCUACUUCCCAUCAUGGAUAUCUUUAAAGAGGAAGACCGGAAACUGAUGCAGAACCACUGCCAUGCAAAAGCACUUUCAAUUCUCCAUAGCAAGCAAGGGGAUUCGUACAUCAAGGAGGCCAUUGCCUACCUCUCAUUUGCUAUUAUUGCAUCAGGAGGCCAUGCCAAAGAUUCACUGCUUGCCAGAGCCAGAUGCUACGGGCAGCUGGGGCAGAAAAAAACAGCUAUUUUCGAUUUCAAUUCUGUUCUUAAGGAUGAGCCUUACAAUGCAGAGGCCCUCAGUGGAAAAGGAUUCAUUCACAUGACUCUUAACCAGCAAAAGGAAGCAGUGCAUGACAUAUGUUUGGCAAUCAAAGCAGAUGCAAGUUAUACUAUCCAGGAGAUCCAUUCUUUAAUGCCAGAAGCACAAGUCGUAAUCACUGAAUGGCUGUAUAACCACUGCAGGACAUUGCUGGCAGAAAUUCUAACUGCCAAUAAUAAUCUUCAAAGUGAUCCAACUUUCAGUGAACUGGAGGUGCUUGCAGAAGCUCUUAUUAAAACUGACAACAAGACAGCACAUUUUCACAUAUUGUAUACAGACAUUCUUAUUGCAAAAGAGAAAUAUGAUGAGGCUCUCAAUUAUCUACGAAAAUCGUUCAGCACUAAUGCAAUUGAUGAAACAGUCAAAGCAAGAUACGGCGUGCUUCAUGUCAAGUAUCGAAACCUUCUUGUAGCUGCUCAGGAACUCUGCACAUUAGCUGGCAAAAAACCAGAAGAAGUGGAAAUCCUGGUGAAAUUUAUGGAUAAAAGGCAGCGACAAGGCUUAUCUCAGGUAGCAGGACAAGAAGGGAAUUCUUUGAUUCAGGAGAAUCAUCAUGAAAAAGCUCUGGAUUAUUUCUCUCUGGCUGUUAUUUCCAGCAACAAUAACCCAAAAUACUUACGCCAGCGUGCGAUGUGCCUCACUCACCUAAGAGAUUACAACAGUGCAGUAAAGGACAUAGAUAAGGCAAUUCAGCGGCUCAGUUCUCAUGAUUUAAAGAUCCAAGCAGAAGACUACUGUUCAAAAGGCUUCAUUCUGCUGUCUGCUUCUGAUGAAGACGCUGCUACAAGGCAGUACAUGAAGGCCAUUAGCAUGGAGCACGGUUCGGCAUUAGCCAGCAUUAGCAAUAAGCCUGGUAGGGUUAAACUGGCCGAAAUAUUCAGUCAGGUGGCAAACAAAUAUUUUGAGCAACGCUUGUUUGAAGAGUCUUGGAAAUUGACAGAGUGUGGCCUUCUUAUUGAUGAGACUAACCAAGAACUGAAAAGGCUAAAGGCACGAAUUAAGAGGGAAGCAUCUGGGUGUAUUGUCCAUUAAUAUUAAAGUGGUUUUAUGCAGGAUACAUAAAUAAAUGUAAAUGGCAAAUACAUGGCAGUAUGAAAUGUAUUACAUGUAUUUAUUACAAUAAAAACACUGGAAAUCA